AUGGCGCGCCAGUCCGCAGCGCGUCCUGCGCGGGGCAGGGCGGCCCGUGGCCGUCGCUCAAAGCUCGAGACAGCGUGUGAAAACCAAGUGCCUGAUGUCUACCAGGAGAUGUUGGAAGAGGCUGAAGCUCGAGAUCCGGGACAGUUCCAUUUAGAUCGACCGAUCAAAAGACGCAGAGUUGGAGACUCCAAGUCCAUACAGACAAGGGCUAUCCCCGUCGACUCUCCACCUCUAGAGCAGGCAAACAUGGUUUUACCUCCAGGAAAAGAUAUCAGUCAGAACGUGCAAACUGUCUAUGAUUCAACUACCUCCGAUGAAUCGGAUGUUGAAUGGGAAGAUGUGGAUGUUGCCCAACCUGCCCAGGGACUAUUUGGCACGGCUUCUGCCAUCGAGGGGAGAGAUGAAACUCUGCAGAUUACCCUGGAUCGAGAACCUGAGGCUCGCAAAAGAGCACCCCCAAGAAGAAAGCCAGUCACCGCGGCCGAGAAAAAAUUGCGGUUAGAUGCCCAUAAGGCUCAUCUUCUUUGCCUCUUGGCUCAUGUUAACUUGCGCAACCGGUGGUGUAAUGAUGAUGUGACGCAGCGUUAUCUCAAAAGGAUGCUACCCAAAAAGAUCAUUGCUUUGUUGAACCCCGACGAGGAUAAGCCGCAAUUCACGAGAUCGACCACAUUUAUUGACGGUCUCAAUCAAGCUGGUGACAUCUUCAGUCGAAGGUUUCGUGUGACUAAACCGGGCCUCAAGCGCGCGCACUGGGCUGAGGAUCAAGAUCAGCUGAAGCAGAGAAUGGAAACAAUCAUGUCUGACGCCGAAGUUUUCUUCUCAAAGGAAGAAUUUCAGUCCCAAGCAAAGAUAUUGCAGGGUUCUCGCGACUUUGGCGCCCAGCUUUUCUGUGCCUUGCUACGCUCCGCUGCUGUUGAGGCGAGGCUCGUCUGUUCCCUUCAACCGUUGCCAUUCUCAGGGACCGUCAAGGACAUGACUCCAUCCAAGAGGCCACCACAGUAUAUUGUCAUUUCCUCUGACGACCAUGAGACAUCUGCCGACGAUCAGCAGAAGUCAGCGAGUGGACUCACAACUCCCUCAAGGACACGACGGAUUGGAAAACCCGAGUUUACUUCACGUCCUCAAAAGCCUGUUCGCCUCGGUUCUCAACCAGCACCCCGGGAAUCCUCCUAUCCGGUAUUCUGGGUCGAAGCCUUCAACGACGCAGUACAAAAAUGGAUUCCCAUCGACCCAUUGGUGACCAAGUCUCUCGCAAAGCCAUCUAAAUUCGAGCCACCCGCAAGCGAUCCGUACAACAAUAUGAGUUAUGUGGUUGCUUUUGAGGAUGAUGCUUCCGCGCGAGAUGUUACUCGACGAUACACCAAAGCCUUCAACGGAAAGACUCGCAAGUAUCGAGUGGAAAACACACGGAGUGGAGAGAAAUGGUGGAAUGAUGCACUGAUCGCCUAUGAAAAGCCAUUCCUGGAGGAUCGAGAUGAGGCUGAGAUAAGCGAAUUGACUUCUAAAUCCGCUGCCGAACCGAUGCCACGUAACAUCCAGGACUUUAAGGAUCACCCUGUCUAUGCGUUGGAGAGACAUUUGCGGCGGAAUGAGGUGAUCUUCCCCAAACGUGUCAUAGGACAUGUGGGUUUGAGCAAGACCACCUCAAAGAGUGACAGUUUGGAGUCUGUCUACCGCCGCUCCGACGUACAUAUCGUACGUAGCGCUGAUAAAUGGUAUCGACUGGGACGAGAUGUCAAGGUGGGCGAACAGCCUCUCAAACAUGUUCCCGCGACCAGGCCCAAGAGUGGAUUCGCCAGUGACGAGAAUGAUGAAGAGACUGAGGAUACUGCACUCUACGCAGAGUACCAAACCGAGAUAUACCGGCCGCCUCCUGUGGUACAAGGAAUGAUUCCGAAAAAUGCUUAUGGAAAUCUGGAUGUCUAUGUGCCAAGCAUGGUUCCACCUGGAGCAGUCCACAUCAAACACCCCGAGGCAGCUCGCUCUGCGAAAAUUCUGGGUAUUGAUUACGCAGAUGCGGUGACCGGUUUUGAGUUCAAAGGACGGAGAGGUACGGCGGUCUUUGGGGGAAUUGUCAUUGCCCAAGAAUACAAGGAGGCACUCGAGGAGGUGCUUAGAGGUAUUGCCGAUGAACGACGCCAAGCCGCCGUCGAAGCAAGAUCUGCAGAAGCGUUGCGACUAUGGCGACUGUUCCUCAUUAAGCUGAGGAUCGCUGAACGAGUGAAAGUUUAUGCAGACGAGGAUGAGAAAAUGGAGUAUUCCGAUGAACAAGAGCCAGAGCCAGAGAUCGACAUGGACUACGCCGGGGAAAUUGGAGGCGGAUUCAUCCCCGAAGAAGGCGGGGGUUUUGUACCUGAAGAUGCCGGUGGCUUUGCAACUGAAAAUGGCGGGGGGUUCAUUCCUGAAGACGAUGAACCCAUCGCCCAAGAUGAGGGUGGAGGCUUCAUACCUGACGAACCUGGCGAAGGAGGAGACUUUACCCACGAUGAGCCCAUGGAAGGCCCCUCCGCACCGGUUCCUCAGCCCCCGAGCCCGAUCCAAUCGCAUGCGACUUUGCAGAGGACUAGAAGAGUGAAAGCACCCAAGACUCCUCGUUAUGAACUGAUCGUGGUGCCAAAUAAAUCCGAAUCAGUAGCGGAGAGACCGCAUCAAGCCGGCCCGCCGGAGACAGUGGAGGUAGAGAACGAGGGAUCAUCUGCAAUGGCCCCAAUUGCAGUCGACUCUUCAGCCAACGGUGGCUCGAAAUCUGCUAGCGUGGAUGUUCUUUCCCGUUCACCGUCUCCUAUGAAGGCUGUCCAGCCCUCUCCACCCGCUCCAGAUUCUGAUAGCGAGAUCGAAAAAGGAUCUCUGCUAUCUGAGGAUCCGGAAGAUGAAGAUGCGAUUCCAGAGUGGCUCAUGUAA